GAUGUUUAUAAAAUGGGCAGUUCAUAAAAUAAUUAAAAGGGUGAGAAAAAGUAUUUAAAAAAAAUUGAGAAAUAUAAAUCUUUCAUAUUUUAAUAAACAUUCAAAAUAAUUAACUCAACAAGAAGCAAAAUUCAUAAAAAAAUUUUUUGAAGACUUUGGGUUCAGUGGAUAAAUAAAAAUUGUAGAAAAAUAAAAUGGUUGUUUUGAUAGAACAGGAGCUAAUUAGUUUUCAAUUUUAUAAGCAAUUUUUUCGAAAGAAUGAAGUUAAAGACUUGAAAGGAUCAAAAAUAGAAAAUUAGUGGAAUAAAUAUUAAAUAGAAUUAUAAAAAUUAAGAGUAGUAUUAGUAGUAUUUACAUAAUCUCCAUUCUUAUUUAUCAUAGUUUAGAUUUAGA